AACUGCCAUCCACUUAUAACUAUCUUCUUUCUCACUCCCUUUCUUCAAUGCUUUUCCACCUUCCUUUCCCAUAAAUACUCUCAUUCUUCUCCUCUCUCCUCUCCUAAGCCAAAAAAAAUGAAGAAAAUCUCCAUAACUACCCUCACUCUCUUAGCUGUCUUGCUCAUCAUCACAGUCACUUCCACCUUUGCUACCAGACACAUCAACCCAAAAAACCACGGUGUCGAGAAAACGAAAAAAGCAGGCAGUGGCGGAGCCAGGAAUAAUGGAAACGACAACGGUGAGGGACCGUUUGGUGGCAUUUUUGGGCCUGGAGGAGUGUUUAACAUUCCUGGGCUUGGUGGAGCAUAUGGUAGUGGAUUUGGAGGCCCAAAAGGUGGAUAUGCAAAAGGUGGGGUCACAAGAUCUAGUGUUGUGUGCAAAGAAAAAGGCCCAUGUUUAGGGAAGAAGCUUAGGUGUCCAGCAAAGUGUUUUAGAUCAUUUUCUAGUGCUGGAAAAGGGUAUGGUUAUGGUGGUGGAUCUGGUGGAUGUACUAUGGAUUGCAAGAAGAAAUGUGUUGCUUAUUGUUAAAAGAAAAUGUUACAAUAAAAUGGGCAUGACCCUUAGCUAGUAAAGUGCUAAGAGUAUUACUACUACUUUUUAUUAUACUAAUAUUUGAUGACAGGCUCCUUUUUUAGCUUGUGUGUUUGUUUUUAUUUUGUGAUGACACAUGUCAUGUGGAAGACUUUGUUAUGCAGCUAAGUUCUGCAGUUAUAAUAGUAAUACUAGAAUUAAUGAUGAGAA